AUGUUAAGACGACUAGCUCGGCCCCGAAUAAAUACCUGGGGCAUACGAGCGGUAUCGUCUGUACCAUUAAAACCACUGGUGGAGGGUGCUUGGGUACCUGCACCGGCACGAAUAGCCCAGCUACAAAAGUGCGCUGAUCUGGUUGCAGCAGAAAAGUUUCGUGCGUCCCGCAAGAUUUUGGCCCAAGCGGGUAUCGAACCAUUAGCCCCGGACAAUACGGCAGUUGUGUGUGCCUUAAUAGAGUCUGCGUUGUCGGAACGACUGUACCAACUGGCGGCAGUGUUCUAUAUUCGAUUCUACAAACUGUAUUCUAUCCCUAACCGGUACCUGAAAACUUUGGUCGAUGGACUGACUCGAUAUGAUCCCAAGUUGACGCCGCUCCACAUCAAGACCCUGAGCGAGUUGCAUCACGAAUUAGGAUCCAGCAUCAAGAUGGAUGCGUUCCAAAAGCUGAGAUUUCUCGAAUCGAGUCUGGCAGUGCAAAAGUCCGACGCUAGACAGGUCUUCACCGCCUACGCCUUGGCAGAAAAGAUCGAUGGCGCCAAGAUUCCCGACGUUGUGAUGCAGCCGCUAAUAAAAUUCUUUGCCUCGAAAGAGGAUUUCGGCAAAAUCGCCCAGAUCUGGAACUAUUUAUGCACAAACUACCAGGACACUUAUUUAUCCCAUACCGACAUCGUAUUCCCCCUGUUGGUUUUAUUUCUUCGUCGUAAAAGGUUUCGACGGCUCUCUUUGGAAAUUGCUCACGCAUGUCUUAGUCGAGUAGCAGACAAUCCGCAAUACGCUCUCGGGGUGGCCGAAACCGCUCGAGUCGCCCACGACCUAGCUUUGGCUGAAAAACUGCGGACCGAGCUCAAAGACAACCUGCCCCGCCCUGUGGUCGGCCAGCUGAUGUGCUUAUAUGCCAAUGCCGGCGACUACAAACAGAUGGCCGACAUGGUCUCGCGAAUGGAGAACGGAAAGUUCACUUCUGUGGAGCUGGGCUCGCUAGUGAAGCACUAUCUCCAGGUUGACGUUGACCAGGCGUUUGAAAUCAUAGACAAAUUUUCAGGAGCCACCAAGUACAAGGUCGCAGCGUACACUGCAGUCUGUGACCAUGCGAUCGGCAAUAAGGACUUGGACCAGUUCAAACGGUACCUGGACUACAUUCAACGAGACGCCGGGUUUGAUGCCCACGGACUGUGCACGAAUUUGCAGCUGAAGUGGGACUCACAGCAUGAAGGGUUUGCUCGAGCCAAGCGAAGCUACCUAAAUCGCAGUCUGACCGGCCGAAUUGACUCCAAGCAGCGCAAGAUCGCUCUGAACAUUCUUAUGGACUUAAUUAUUGAACAGCAUCUUUCGGAGGGUGCCUUGGUGUGGCUUGAAUCGGAGUAUCGGCGUCUGCACAUCCCCGUCGGCCAAUUCCACAAGCGACUUAACGCCCGCAUGGCAUCCAAGGAAAAAAAAAAAUUUAAACUAAGGUUGAGAUGA